AUGAGUCAGAUUAGACGCCAAUACCUGGGAUGCUUCUUGGCUAUCCUGGUGGUAUUUCUCCUGUACAAUCGCAGCCGAUCAUGGAAAAAGGUCGACACCGAGAAGAGCCCGCCGGCGAUCGUACCCCCCACCAAUCCCGAACCGUUAGACGAUCACCCGCAGACCGAACCCAAGCCAGACUCGAUAUGGUCAACGUUGCCUAUACGAUUCCCUGCUGCCUCAGUCUACUCAAUACCGGAAGAUCAUCAACAGAAACUGCCUCAUAUCCAGUCAGCCUCCUCAACCACGUCUAGAAUCACCCUAUGGUAUCAGACUGGCCGACAGUCGGCUGUGAAGGAGGCAUUCAGGCGGUGUUGGAAGUCGUACAAGUCCAAAGCAUGGCAGGCAGACGAGCUCGCACCCAUUAGUCGCACGCCACGGAAUGGUCUUGGCGGCUGGGGGGCAACAAUAUUCGACAAUCUUGAUACACUGUGGAUCAUGGGCAUGCAUGAUGAGUUUGAAAAUGCAGUGACAGCUGUUUAUCAGAUGAGCUUUGCGGAUACUUCUUCACCGGAGAUCAAUACCUCCGAGGUCAAUACCCACAUCCUUGGCGGUCUCCUGGCUGCAUAUGAUCUGAGUUCUGACAGUAGGUUGCUGCAAAAAGCGAUUGAAGUCGGCGAUAUGCUGUAUGCUGCCUUUGAUACCCCCAACCGCAUGCCUAUCAUACAUUGGGAUCUCCACAGAGCCGCUCGUCAGGAGGAGCAAAUCGCCGAAGAAGUAGUGUCUGCUUCGGAACUCGCAUCAUUUGUCAUUGAAUUCACGCGUUUGUCUCAAAUCACAGGGGACCAAAAGUAUUUUGAUACCGCGCAAAAUGUCAUGGCGACACUUGAUCGACUGCAGGACUCUACCAAAUUGACUGGCAUGUGGCCCGUUGUUAUCAACGCUCGAGCGGGAGUUUCCGACGGGGACGUCUAUUCCAUGGGAGCUGAAGUUGACUCCCUGUACAAGGCUUUGCCAAAAGCAUACGCAUUGCUGCGCGGCCAAGAGCCCAUGUAUCGCAAGAUGUACGAGAAAUUCACGCGCACGGCUGCAGGGCACAGUCUGUUUCGACCGAUGAAUGCCGAAGGGAAAGACAUUCUAGUCUCUGGCUCGGUGCGUGUCAUAAUGACUGAGAACGGCAAGCCGCGCACGCACUUGGAUCCUCAAGUUCAUAGUCGCGCGUGCUCUGCAGGGGGGAUGUUUGCGAUGGGUGGCGCUCUCUUCAAUGUCCCGAUUCAUCGACGAAUCGCUCACAAGUUAGUGGACGGCUGUAUAUGGGCCCACAAUGCUAUGCCUUUAGGUAUUAUGACUGAGAUAUACGAAACCAUUCCAUGUGCGUCGCAAAAGACCUGCCCGUGGAACGAGUGGCAUUGGAAGCAAGAGGUCUACAAAUGGACUACCAACCAACCGGACCCAAAUCCCAACUUGGAUGUUGACAAGUAUAUCGGGGAAAACCACAUCCCCAAGGGCAUUAUUGUUAUCCCCGACACUCGCUACAGUUUACGACCGGAGACCAUUGAGAGCAUAUUCAUUCUUUACCGACUCACCGGUCGAGAAGACUUGCUUGAUAUUGCAUGGGAGCUGUUCCAGAAAAUUCAGAAUGCGACCAAGACUUCCGAUGCCAAUGCAGCUAUUGUGGAUGUCACAACAGAUGGCGAGCCAAUCCUUGAGGACUCAAUGGAGAGCUUUUGGAUGUCCCAGACCCUCAAGUACUUCUACCUCAUUUUCAGUCCACCAGACGUUUUGAGCUUAGAUGAGUAUGUGUUUAACUCUGGUGGACAUCCACUCAAGAUCCCCGAGUAUACGGAGACAGGUUUUGAAUUUCAGUGA